AUGUGUCAUGGAUUCAAGACUUCACCAGAACAUUUGCGCCUCCCCAUAUUCUUUGGUGACAUUCAAAGUCACAAAUUGAAACAAAAGAAGCCCAUGGCCACAAAUCAGAUUGGGCCUGUUGCGCGGGCCUGGUACAAGUGGAAAGCUCUCCGCUUGCCGUGGCGCAAGCGCUUCCUCAUGGGUUACGACCUUCAGGGUAAUACAUACUGGGAAUUUCGACUCACGAGAGGCGCUGAGAGUAACGAGCGCUGGCGAAGAAUUGUUAAGUACUCGCGAUCAACACACUACUCCUCCGUAAAGGUCAGCCCGCAAUGGCACCAAUGGCUACGCCAUACGCGAGAGGAACCUCCAAGUAUCGAGGAACAACACAGCGAUGUCCUACGUCGGUUGAGGAUGCAGAAACUUGCUGCUGAGGCGGAUGCUCGUUGGGAGGCCAAACCGCGAGUUAUGGAGGCACCACGGGCUGCGCCGGCACCGUUGCUUUCACCGGCGAAGGCUAGUCCUUUACAACAAGACGCCAUGAGUGGUGAGCAGACUGAUACGGGCGCAAAGGAGACCAAAGAAGAGACUGAAAAGAACGAUGACCCAUGGGCCAGGGCCAAGGCUAGAGCACCAGGCGAGACAUGGCAACCAACUUCUUGGAGUCCAACAGCAGCCAAGAAACGUUGAGUAACAGAGCUUCAGUUAAGCACUGACUCAACUGGCCCAGCAAGCCAUAAUUGCCAUACCAAAUGUAGCAACAAUGUACAAGAGCCACGGAAAGAGACGAAACAGAUUCAACGG